AUGCAGAGGUUCGUCGGAACAGAAGCGCCCGCAGCAGCAGCAGCAGCAGCAGCAGCAGCAGCUCAGACGUCCUUCAGCUUCUUCUUCUUCUUCUUCUUCUCCGGGUUUUUCUCUUCACUCCUCGUCGGUAUCCGUGAAAAUUUCACUCAUAUCAGAGUCGUGGUGGAUAAAACAGGAUGUCAGAGGUUGUCUUGCAAUGUAAGCUGGGCAUGGUUCGUGUUGUGGGCUGGAAGUGCGGCGCAGCAUUUCUACUCCAAUCCCCCCAAAACCGUUCCAUGCGUAAUGUGGCUGCGGGAUCCCCCACCGAAGAAAACCUCCGGGUCACGGACAGACAGAGGUCUGAAAACCGGGUCCUUAGAGUGGAUUCUUUCCACGGAACACCAGGAUACUACCAGCUUUACAUUACAGCGGCUGUAG